AUGUUCCUCCAACGCACCGCCUCCGCCAUCGCGAGGCGCUCGCCCGCCCGCGCCUUCACUCUCGCCCAGCGCCCGUUCUCUUCCUCGAUCGUGCGUCGUGACGACAAGAAGUGGGCCGUUAAGGACGAGGGCAAGAUCCUUUCCUUCGACGAGAUCAAGACCGAGGAUGACCUGAUCCCCCCCGGUGCCAAGCCCGGUACCAUCCCUACCGACUACAUCCAGGCAACCGGUCUCGAGCGUCUGGAGCUCAUCGGUAAGAUGCAGGGCAUCGACAUCUUCGACAUGCGUCCUCUGGAUGCCUCCCGCAAGGGAACCCUCGAGAACCCCAUCAUCGUCAACGGUGCCGGUGAUGAGCAGUACGCCGGUUGCACUGGCUACCCCGUCGACUCCCACCAGGUGAACUGGCUGACCGUCUCCCGAGAGCGCCCCAUUGAGCGCUGCCUGGAGUGCGGCAACGUCGUCAAGCUGAACUACGUCGGCCCAGAGGAGGACCCCCACGCUCACGACCACGCUCACGACCACGGCCACCACCACCCGCCCCACGAGGAGCCCAAGACCUUCGCCGACUUCGUCAAGCCUGACUACUGGUACCGGUAA